AGAUCGCUCGUUGCACCAGCUUCGUAGUGAUCAUCCAUCUAAAUUAUUUAACAAAACAAUUUUUAACGUUGAUUAACGUUAGAUUCCUGAGAAGUUGAAGGAAUAACUUGGAGGUCAGGUUGUGGGUUAUGUUUAGAACCCCGCAACUCAUGGGCAUUGAGUGAACUUUUAACUUAAAAAGGCAUAAAUUUUUAAAACUUUGUAAGGAUCAACCAAGUAUACAACCAAGAUGUCUCAGUGGAUGAACCGUCCCGGAAAUUCCAUGCCCGAUGCUGGGUAUAUUUCGACCAACCCCUUCGGCAACUUCACGGUGGUGGACGCCGCACCCAAAGAGAUCCUUCACAUGAUCGAUCCUCACUGGUACCAGUUCCCUCCUUUAAACCCCAUGUGGUAUGGGCUACUUGGAUUCACAAUCACGGUGCUCGGGAUCCUCUCGAUCACAGGAAACACUAUCGUCAUGUGGGUGUUCUUGAACACGAAGAGUCUUCGUUCACCUGCUAACUUACUGGUCGUAAACCUCGCUCUGUCUGAUUUCGGAAUGAUGGCAACAAUGUUCCCACCCAUGGUUACCAGUUGUUACUAUGGUACUUGGGCCUUUAGUGCCCUCUUUUGUGAAAUCUAUGGAUGCUUUGGAUCCUUGUUUGGAUGUGCCUCCAUUUGGAGCAUGGUCUUCAUCACGGCAGAUCGUUACAAUGUCAUCGUUAAAGGGGUCUCCGGAACGCCUCUAACGAACACAGGAGCCCUGAUCAGAAUCAUGCUCGUCUGGGUUUUCUCGCUGGCGUGGACUUUACUUCCAUUCUUCGGGUGGAACCGUUACGUACCAGAAGGAAACUUGACAGCCUGCGGCACGGAUUACCUGACGGAAGGAUGGGUGUCCCAAAGCUACUUGUACGUUUAUGGUGCCUGGGUAUACUUCCUCCCUUUGAUCCUCAUCAUUUACUACUACACUUUCAUUGUCUCUGCUGUGUUCGCUCAUGAAAAGCAGAUGCGAGAACAAGCCAAGAAAAUGGGAGUCAAAUCUCUGCGAAACGAAGAAGCCCAGAAGACCUCCGCCGAAUGCCGACUUGCCAAGGUAGCUCUCACUACCGUUGCCCUUUGGUUCAUCGCUUGGACUCCCUACCUGGUGAUCAACUUUGCUGGAAUGCUGAACAAACCUAUGAUAAAUCCCCUUUUCACCAUUUGGGGAUCCCUGUUCGCUAAAGCCAACGCUGUGUACAACCCCAUCGUGUACGCCAUCAGUCACCCCAAAUACCGCGCGGCUCUCGAGAAGAAACUUCCAUGCUUGUCUUGCAGCAGCAGCGAUGGUGCGAGCGACAGCGUUUCGGCAACCACAACUCAGAGCGACUCGAAUGCAGAAAAAACUGAAACAGCCUAAUUUGCCAGGACCUACGAUAACGACGACGACGAUAAAAGUUUAACGAGCAAUUUUAAUAACGAUUUGAUUGCCAUAAAAACUUAUGACGCCUAAUUACUUGAUGAAGUUAGCAAAUUAACGGUAUUUAAUCAUUAUUGUUUGAUUCGAUAUCAGCUAUAGAAUAUUCGAAUAAAAAUAUAUAAAAUAUGUGUGAACUAUAUGGAAAACUAAAUAAAUUCUCUAACAAAUUUAGUAUGAUUUUU